UGGGAGUAUUCAACUGACGGAAAAUGUGAGAAAAUGCCAUCUACCCGCAAGCUUAAUGUGCAAAUAAAAUCUUUACCAUGUUUCAAAAACGAAGGAAUGGUCUGGAUUUGGCCAGGUGAUGAACCUCCAAUGGCUAUUCUUCCUUCUUUGCAACCUCCUCCGGGAUUUCAAAUUCAUGCAGAGAUUGUGAUGGAGCUACCAGUAGAGCACGGGCUUCUCCUUGACAAUAUUCUAGACCUUGCACAUGCUCCUUUUACUCAUACUUCCACCUUUGCAAAGGGAUGGAGUGUUCCAAGGUAUGGAUUUAUUUUGAAGAUGUCUACAAUUCAUUCAAUCGUGAGGUUGAAAAUAGAAUAAGAAGAGAAAAUAGAGACUAAGAGCAUAUGAACAUGUAUUCACUGGUUUC